GCACUUCUGGAUGUAAAUGCGGUACCGACUGCUCCUGUUGUGACUCCUGCAGGAAGGGUGAAGGUUGCAACUGCGCCCCCGACGCUUGCACCUGCAGCUGCUGUCCUGCAAAGGCCGUGUGUGCACAACGAUGUCGUCUUUUCAUGUGUCUCCAUCGGUCGCCGGCUCGGCGCUGCAUACCAUCCGCCGGGUCGUCUUUCGGCCCGGUUGGGUCGUGGCAUGGAGCCAGGCCGGGGCCGGUCGGACCCACCUGCAACUUUUGCCAGAUCGAGCCCCCAAAGCUGCCCGACGGGGCUCGAGCUUGACAAACGUUGCAUGGACGGGCCCUCUCGGAGGGGAUGCUUGACGGCCUGCAGGAACGAUGGGCCAGUCGCGGCUCGUUUUACCCUCGGUUUUGUCACACCCGCCACCAAGGCUGUACUCCAUUCGGUGUCCUCUGCUCCAGUAGGCACAGUUGACGUAGCGCUCUCCCAUACUGUACACUGA